GAGGAGUUUUUUUCAAAAUGCCAAGUUUAAUUACACUAACAUUGUUCGGAACCAACGUGCUUACGUCACUCUAAUGUCAGGAUUUUUAUUACUGCGGCACAGGACAAGUGUGGGAGGGACCCCGAUUAUCUUCUUGCUAGCUACAGUUAGCUGAUGGACGUGUUUAUAACUACACAUUCUGUAAUGUAAAGUAGUGGAUCACACAUUUGACUUAUUUUUGUAACCAUAAGCUGACAUUAUAGCCUUCAUUUGCGAGUUAUUUGCUAUAUAUUGGCUAUUCCUCGGAAAAUCAGGGUAUAUAGGCGAUUAGCUCGUUAACAUUAGCUAACAUUUUGAAAGGAAGAUGGCAGGCGGGAAGAUGUGCAUCAAGAAGAGCAAAGAGGAAACUACUGAGUGGACGGCAUUAUUUCCGAGCAAUCUAAAGAAGAAACAGGAGUCAGUCGUCUUUGUCAAGAGGAUGAUGGCUGUGGCCGUGUCCUCCAUCACUUACCUCAGAGGCAUUUUUCCUGAGGAUGCCUACCGCGCCAGAUAUUUGGAAGAUCUGUGCAUUAAAAUUUUGCGUGAGGACUGCAGCACACCGGGAGCCAGCAAAGUUGUAAAAUGGUUGAUUGGCUGUUUUGAUGCACUGGAAAAACAAUAUCUCCAGGUUGUCUUCAUUGGGGUAUACACCAAUUCAGAUGAACCAAAUUGCAUUGUCGAGUCCUACAAUUUCAAAUUCAAGUACACUGACAAGGGGCCAGAGAUGGAUAUACUUAGGAACAACGGCAAGGAGGUGCAUGUCCCGAUGGAAAACACCAAGGCAGCAUCUGUGCUGCUCAUCAGGAAACUCUUCCUACUCAUGCAGAACCUCAAUGACCUCCCCAGUAACAUCCACCUGACCAUGAAGCUCUACUACUAUGACGACAUAACUCCAGCUGACUACGAGCCACCGGGCUUCAAGGAGGGAGAGUGUGACAGCCUGUGGUUUCAAGGCACGGCCGUGCACUUCACAGUGGGUGAGGUCCAGACGACCUUUCACACCUUUCAAGUGCGAGUGUCUGCUCAGCAAGGUCGCCUCGGGAAGCUUCAGGAAGGAAACCAUGUCAAGGAGACGGACCAGAGGACCCUCCCAGAGAGUGACAUCAACAAAGCGGGCGGAAAGGGCCUCUGCAAGAUAGCUCCUGCUUUUGAUGAUCUGCCCUCUGAAGAUGAGUCUGCACAGUUCAAGCAACCCACAAAACCUCUGGUAAAGCUUCUUGCAUUUCAGACAAACGCAACAAUCAAAAAUAAGCCAAGAAAAAGGAGAAGAAUACUUUAACUGCAUCAUUUACUAAAAAGAUGUUCUAUUAGUAAUCACAAAUACACAGUUUUCUCAUUUUAUUGAAUAUUGUUGACUGUAAUGUUACAGUACAUUGUAUUUGAUUGAAGAGUCUGUUUUUUUCUUAUAUAAAAACUCUUCUCAUAAGGCACAACGUCAAGAAGACUUUCCUAAAUCACAUUUUUUGAUGAUUUGUUCAGAAAUGAAAUAUAUUUUUAAAAAAU